UUGUACGGUACCCUAAUGAUUUUUUUGCGAAUACGCCAUGCACUUGUAGUUUAUAACACACACACACACACACACACACAAGCUGACGGGUACCGGAGUGAUUUAUAUCAACGCCUACCUUCCCUUGGCGUGUGCUUGCGGAAGAGCCGUUACCUGGUUACAGGGGAGUGAUGGAGCAUUGAGUAAUGUAAUGUUCAGGACUCCACAGAUAUGAGAGUUUCUCUCUCGCUCGCCGAGUCAAGCCACCACGCGCUGUUCCUGCAGCAUCUUCGGAACGCGCAACCAACACCUUGUCCAGGAAAAACGGUUUAAUCUCCGCCUUAAGUUAAAAAAUAUCUCCACGAAGAGUCUCCAGUUUGUCAUAUUCCCAAUAGUAAGGACCAAGUUGGCCGACAAAUAUUGGUUUAAGGACAAUGGCCCCCAGCUGAAGGCAGUGACGGCAAGAGGGUGAGAUGGAGCUGACCUCAACAGACGCCUCUGCUGCGCUGAGCUUAUGGGGCAACAGCUCCAUUCCUGGUUUCCUCCUUAACGAGAGCGUUCUCAAUGACACCUGUUUCCUCAAUGCUUCAAACUGCACCAAUGAGACAGAUCCGGGGAACCGAGCAGGAACGAGCAUGGCAGGAAUCCUCAUCCCUCUCAUUUACAUAAUCGUCUGCGUCGUCGGCCUGGGAGGAAACUCUCUUGUCAUUCACAUCGUCCUGCACUACUCCAAGACGGAGUCGGUGACCAACAUCUACAUCCUGAAUCUAGCUAUAGCCGAUGAGCUCUUCAUGCUGGGCCUUCCAUUCCUCGCUGUGCAGAACGCCAUGCACUCCUGGCCCUUCGGCUCAUUCACGUGCAGGUUGGUCAUGACCGUUGACGGCAUUAACCAGUUCACCAGCAUCUUCUGCCUCACCGUAAUGAGCAUCGAUCGCUACCUGGCCGUGGUACAUCCAAUUCGGUCCUCUAAAUGGAGGCGACCACAGGUGGCCAAGGCUGUGAAUGGAACAAUCUGGGCAGUCUCCUUUUUGGUGGUCUUGCCUGUGGUGAUUUUUGCAAACGUGCAACGAGAAGGAGGAAUCUGCAACAUUAUAUGGCCGGAGCCAGCCAACAUCUGGGGAGCAGCAUUUAUAAUUUACACCUCCACAGUUGGCUUUUUCUGUCCCUUACUAGUCAUCUGCAUGUGUUAUCUCCUCAUUGUGAUCAAGGUCCGCAGCUCAGGAAAGAAGGUUCAUGCCACGUCAACCAAACGGCGCAAGUCGGAGCGAAAGGUCACACGAAUGGUGGUGAUAGUGGUGGCUGUGUUUGUUUUCUGCUGGAUGCCGUUUUACGCCCUCAACAUCAUAAACCUGGUGGAAUCGCUCCGUGACGAGCCGCAGGGCCUGCAUCUUUUCGUAGUGGUAUUGUCUUAUGCCAACAGCUGUGCUAACCCUAUUGUUUACGGCUUCCUUUCGGACAACUUCAAGCGGGGUUUCCGGAAAGCCCUAUGCCGCUCAUCUCGAAGGGUCGAGAACCACGAGCCCACCGAACAGCAGCAGCAGCAUCAGCAUCAGGAGGAACGAAGAAGAGUGCUCAUGCCCAGGGAAAGCCUUAGAAGAGCAGUGAGAGAUGAAGAGGAUGAGGAAGAAGAAGAGGACAGGGAGGAAGUGACAGAGAUGACGGAAAUUUGCAGGAUUACUCAGAAUGGAAAUGGAAGCGGACAAGCUGAAAGUACACGAGCGCUUUUCUUAGAGCGACCCUCGGGUACAGGGGUUUCUGAGGUAUGUUCGCCAGACAGGAGAGGCACGGGUGGGGGUGCUGUUGGUAAAGGACCGGGAUUUGGGCCUGCUGCAACCUUGCUGAACGGGGCCAAAAAUGGGAAUGUGAAAACACUGCCAGAGGAACCAGUGGAAAAGAACACCUCACUGGAGAUCAGCUACUUGUAAACUUGUGAUCUGUUUCCAGCUGGAAAAAUAGUAUUAUUGUACAUGCCUCUGUUCAGUCUAGUUACUUUCUCUCCUGGAGUCUAUCAAUUCGUCUUAAUGUCUGAGUUUACUAUGAAAUUUCCUUCUGGUAAUUAGACUUAAUGAUAUGGAAGUGUACAAUUUUAAAGCAGAAUUUAAAAAUUCACAAUGGAUUUUGCCUUAUUUAUAGGACUUGGCAAAUCAAAACAAGGGUUUUCUGCAGCAUUUCAUGGUUUCAGUACCUAUAUGGGACCAGCACCACAAUAUGUGAAGCAUCUAUGUGCCUUUUUCUAAAUUUAUUGAGGAGAUUUAAUCAAUGCAAUGAAUCCAUGGCUACGACUGGGCACUAGAUCACUAAGUACAUUUGCAUGCACAUUUGCUUGAUUAUAACUGUGCAUGGAAACGUACUUAGUGAGACUUGUAGCAUGUUAAUGUGAUAAAAUAAUGGAGAAGAUUUUGUACAUGUAAACAGGUCAGUAAUUAUAUACCACACAAAUUCCUACAUCAGCUUGUAGUUUUCUGUAAAUAUAUUUUGUAUGUGCUUUUUGCCUUACUUGUAAAAUUAUUGUGCACUAAUUGAAAUCUGUUGCAAACAAGUCUUCAAAUUCAAUUGAAUCACAUUGUUAUAUUAUACAGUUUUGUGCUGUCUAUCAGUUGUGUUCUUGUUUAUUGGUUAUUUUUUAACCCCUUACACAAAUAUUCAACAUGACAUGAACAUCGGCCCUAAAACUGAAUGUACAUUAUCCAGAUUAUCAUCUAUUUAUGACAUAUUAUAAUGCACCACUGUUGGACUACUUGAUAAAUUCCAAUGAAAAAUUCUCUUCCAAACACCCCUUUAGCCAUCCCACCCAAAAGACAAACAUACACACUCAGGUACUGAGCUUAAAGGGAUAGUUCACCCAAAAAUGAAAAUUCUGUCAUUAUUUACUCAAAUUCAUACAGGUUUAGAUGAUGACAAAAUUUUAAUUUUGGGGUGAACUAUCCCUUUAAAGGGAAAUGAAAAGGUCAUUAUUUACUCACCCUCAAGUAAUUCCAAACUUAUAUGAUUUUCUUCUGUGAAGCACAAAAUGAGAAUUUUGUUUGUCCACAAGGUCAAAAAACAUACCUUAGAGUAGCCCAUAUGUCUGUUUUCUGAAUCAAUACGAUAUGUAUGUGUGGGGGACAGACCAAAAUUGAAGUUGUUGUUCACUGAUAAUUUCUUUUCACACAAAGUGACUUUCCUAAGACUUGGAACAUACUAUUUUUAUGAUACUUUUUAAUGUAUUUUGUCAUUUUUGGAGUUUGAAAGACAUUAUGAACUGCAGUUGCUGCAAUUGCAGAAAAGAGCUUUGUGGCGAUUCUUCUAAAAGUCUCUUUUUGUGUACUAAUGAAAAUAUAACGGCAUGCAAGUUUAAAACAGCACGAGGGUGAACAAAUAAUGAAAAAAAGUUUAUUUAACACCAGAACAUCAGUUCUUUGAGCCUGACCUUAGGACCACUGGGUUUAUCCAACACCAGCUAAAGAGGUUUAAGUGCCUCCAAUUAUAAUGUAAUUCAUGCUCUAAUUCCACACACAGACAGCAUAUGCUACACAUACAUUAAAAUUCCACAGCGUCCCUUCACAGUGCCGUAAUAUGCUUAUGUGACAUUCAGAUACCCUUUUCUGAGUGUUAUAAAUAAACGUUAACUAUUGAGAUCAUAGCAAGCACAAACAUAUCAACUACACUCCCCACCGACCUACACCACCUCCUCCUACGCACAUGCUCACACUCAGAUGGGUUUGGAGGCGUAUAGAAAGCCAUUGCAGACGCAUUAUGGAGAGAGAAAGAGAGAGAGAGAACUACCACCAUUUCCAUAAUGACUCUGUGGAUUUCACAGCUUUCGUUCAGAACUGAUUGUUUAAAUAUUAAAAAAGAAUGUGUAAAAAGCUGUGCGACAAUGUUAUUCUGCUGUUUACUAUGGUUAUUUUUAAUUGUUGUGCUAUGUGACAUUUAUUGCACACUGUGUUUACUAUCGACCUGCUCAGAGAAGCUGCCGUUUGUGGCUGUGGGAAGAGAGGCGCCCAUCCUGUGACCUUAUGAUUGGACAGCUCUCCGUAUCUAAAUGAAUCUCUGUGAUUCACUGGACGCUUGACACCCACCGGGGCCCACCCACACAUGAUAUGGAUGCACAAAGAGGCAAAUAAUGCUGAAGGCUGCUUGUGAACGCUGUGAUAUUAUUCAUUUCUUGGCGCAGACUUAUACGGGCCUCUUGUGCAAAUAAAAAGCCAUUUGCUCAAGGAUAAAAAUACUUAGCUGCCCAUGUGUCCUUAGUCAGUACUUUAUCAAGUGCAAAGGAAGGUUUUUUUUUCUGUAACACCAAAUUUAUAAUCUUCUGUUAAUUUCAGCUCUUUAAAAUGUAUAAAACAUUGUUCUUCACUGAAGGCUUAUUCAUUUUAAAUUGUUUAUAUGUUUGAACCACGCAAGUACGUGAACGGACGCAUCUUGCUACGAAAGCUUGAUUUCAUACAAGUACACGUUGCAUUCUCAGCAUUGCCACAAGAGGUGCUGUAGAGAGAUGACAUAUUUUUGUUGGUCAAAACCUGAAAACGAGCAUUUUAGCACUUUCGGUUCAAUCGCCCUGAAGUUAGUGGGGUUUUUAAGGGUUAAACGCCUGAAAUAAAGUCUGUUGUUGACACAAGCUUAAGAUAGUUUUACUUUUUUUGUUCUACAACAUAAAGUACAUCAGUAAUACCCCCUUUUAAAUUUUAAAACAUUUACUUGUAUUAAAAACAAAUGGCAACCUACAGACGUUGUCGGGGACAUUAAACAUCAUCAUGGCGAACAGCUAAGCCCAUUUACUCCGCUUUCGUAGCCUCAUUGUGUUUAAAGUCACGCUUUUGCAAACUAUUCUAAUUCAAACUUUAAGGGAAAAUGUUUUUUUUUUUUUUAAAUAAAGACUAAAAGAGUUGUCAGAAGCUUAGUAGUUAUGACUUAGUGAGUCAUGUGACUGUGGUUCAGUUAAUUUAUAGCCUAUGUUAAGUUUACGAUUGAAUUUAGGCUUCAAAAUUCAUAGAAGUUGUGUGCAUUUGUUAAGAUUAUCAUGAUGAAUAAAACAUGUAAGAAUCAUAAACUUAUGUUGGUCACAGAGCUUUUUUUCUGCAAUAAUCCAAAAGCCAAUGGAAAAAUCCUGUUAACCUCAGUAUAUUUAUACCACUUACCAGAAUAAUAACCUACACAUCCGUUUUAAAGUCAGCGACAUCUGAAUGUAACUAUCGCCCCCUUGAAGUUUGUUAAGGUGCGGUCACAUUAGAGAAUUUUUUUGUGGAAAAAAAGUCUAUUGUCAGUUGUUUAGUGAUAUAUGAAUUAAAAACUCACACAGAAGUCACUUUUUAAACCAAGCAGCUUUCUGCUGGUCAACGCAGUGAAUUUUGCGUAACCAGCUCGAACCCAUCACGAAAUCUGCAUGGUAAAAUCUUUCGCCCCCACGCAAAAUUCCCCUUGACAUGGAUUCCUACUGAAAUUGCUGUAUUUUGCCUUCAAAAAUUUGCCAAACAACAGUAAAUGUGACCACACAUUUGUUGGCGUUCACGUACUUGGGUACUAGAUAAAAUUUUCUCUUUAAAAAGUUUUGCUCUCACUGAAGGGUGCAUUGUGUUAGAUUAAAUCCUUUCAUGUAAAUCACUGUGUGUAGUCUGAAAUUUACCAAAUUCUAGAUUUAUAUAUAAAUAAAUAUUUUGUCUCUGUGA